UGGCAGGGGUGGGGGAGAGAGUACGGGGGAGCGUUAUUUGGUUGGGACUGGGAAACGGCAAAGUAUAUGAACCCUCUCUGAACAAACCACAGCUUUUUUUUUUUUGUUUUAGCAGAGUGGAAAAUUCAUGUCCACAUUCUCUCACUUCUCUUAUCUUCUCCUCCUCUGAAAUCCCUCCCUUUUACUCUCACUCCUCUUUUUUUUCCUUCUCAAUUUCCACCAUGGAUUUCGAAGAUCAAGACGAACACGAAGAGGAGGAGAUGGACAUAGCCGCAGCGAGUUACGACUCGUUGCCGAACUCAGGAACCCGACUCAAAAUCCCCACUAGUACGGACCAAAUGGUUUCAACUGGACAGAGGAAACCCAAAUACAGAGAGUGUUUGAAAAAUCACGCCGUUGGCAUUGGAGGUCACGCCGUAGGCGUCGGACUGGGAAUCGGAGAACCAUUUUUAUUACCCCACCCUGGAAAUUUCUCCCCUUACUACCGAACCCCAACUGGGUAUCUCCACGUGGCGCCACACCACAGGCCGUUAGCUCUCCCGUCGACAUCCGGCGGUGGUGGCACCCACAGCAGAGAGGAGCAAGAGGAUAUGUCCAACCCCAGCGGCGGAGGUGGCGGCGGCGGCGGCGGAGGAAGUAGUAGCUUUGGGAAGAAGAGAUUUAGGACAAAGUUUACACAAGAACAAAAGGACAGAAUGCUGGGGCUGGCGGAGACAUUGGUUAUGCAAUGUUAA